CACUCGAUACGUCAUCACCGCGCGCCGGCUCGCCAGGAGCAGGAGGAGGCGGUAGGCGGGGCGGCGCAUGACCUAAGGCGUCUCUGCGGCGCGCGCAGGUACGGGGCCGGAGUCGCAGGUUCCCAGCUGCCGCCCACAUUUCUGUUCCAGAGUCCCGAACCCCGAGCACUGGGAUGCCUGGCUACUCCGAGCCAAGGCACUGAUGUUUGAACUGGAAACUUCAAAACUUUUAAUAGAAUCUUCACGAUGGGUUUGAGCUAGACAAGCUAGAAAUUUCUUUAGAAUCCCAGCUCUAGCAUGCAUCUCCCACGUUUGGCUUUCCUGGAGAGGAGCUUGAAGUGGUAGUUCUGUAGACAGCCACAGUGACACUCAGGAAACCAGAUAAAUGAAUUUGACUUUUCUGCUAGGAUUCUCUUUGUUAUAGUUUCUCCCUGAGUUGUAAGAGGCAUAGAAAUAUACAUGAAACUGAAGAACCUGCAAGGAAGGGAAGUGGUACUUUCCAUGCUGAGUGAAAACUAACCAAGUGGCAGUGGUGACUGAAAAUACUGAAACCUGCCACAUCCAGAUUCGCUGGAUUGGGAGAUAAAGGAACGGUCACAGCUGGGGAGAAAGAACUGAUACUGGAAAAGAAAACCUAAAUGAAGAGGAUGAGGAUGACUGCAAAGUAGAUGGCCACCUCCACCUCCACAGAGACAAAGUCAGCCUCGUGGUGGAAUUAUUUUUUUCUUUAUGAUGGUUCCAAGGUAAAGGAAGAAGGCGAUCCAACAAGAGCUGGCAUUUGUUAUUUUUAUCCUUCCCAGACCCUGCUUGACCAACAGGAGUUGCUUUGUGGACAGAUUGCUGGAGUUGUCCGCUGUGUUUCUGACAUUUCUGACUCUCCUCCUACUCUUGUUCGUCUGAGAAAACUGAAGUUUGCCAUAAAAGUUGAUGGAGAUUACCUUUGGGUGCUGGGCUGUGCUGUGGAGCUCCCUGAUGUCAGCUGCAAGAGGUUUCUGGAUCAGCUAAUUGGAUUCUUUAAUUUUUACAAUGGACCUGUUUCCCUAGCUUAUGAGAACUGUUCUCAGGAAGAACUGAGCACGGAGUGGGACAGCUUCAUCGAACAAAUUCUGAAAAACACCAGUGAUCUGCAUAAGAUUUUCAAUUCCCUCUGGAACUUGGACCAAACUAAAGUGGAGCCCCUGUUGUUGCUGAAGGCAGCCCGCAUUCUGCAGACCUGCCAGCGCUCGCCUCACAUUCUCGCUGGCUGCAUCCUCUAUAAAGGACUGAUUGUCAGCACUCAGCUCCCGCCCUCCCUCACUGCCAAGGUUCUGCUUCACCGAACAGCACCUCAGGAGCAGAGACUCCGUAUGGGAGGGGGUGCCCCGCAGGAACAUGGAGCAUCAUUGCCCCCGAAUGUCCAGAUUAUUCCUGUUUUUGUGACCAAAGAGGAAGCCAUUAGUCUCCAUGAGUUCCCAGUGGAACAGAUGACAAGGUCUCCAGCAUCUCCAGCAGGAUUCCAGGAUGGUUCAGCCCAGCACCAUCCAAAGGGUGGGAGUACAUCUGCCCUGAAAGAAAACGCCACUGGCCAUGUGGAAUCCAUGGCCUGGACCCCCCCAAAGCCCGGAUCCCCUGACAAAGCUUGUCCAGAUGGCAGGAAGGAGAACGGAUGCUUGCCUGGCCGUGAUCUGGAGAGCAUCAGGCCCACAGGACUGCACAGCACUGCCAGGGACGAGGUUCUUGGCCUUAGCUGCUCCCUGGGGAAGGAACUCGUCUUUCUCCAAGAGGAACUUGACUUGUCUGAAAUCCACAUUCCAGAGGCUCAGGAAGUAGGCACGUCCUCAGGUCAUUUUACCUCCCUACAUGUGCCUGUCCCAGAUGGCAGGGCUCCUUACUGCAAGGCAUCUCUCAGCGCCUCCAGCAGCCUGGAACCCACGCCUCCUGAGGACACAGCCAUCAGCAGCCUGCACUCUCCCUCCGCUCCUGAGAUGCUCACCCAGCCUGGAGCCCAAGAGCAGCUCGAAGACCGUCCUGGCUAUAGCAGCCAAGCCCCCGUUCCCAGAGCAGACCCUCUCCCCAGAAGGACCCGCAGGCCCUUGUCAUUGCCUCAUUUCGAUCCAGGACAGAGAGGAAACAAGCUUUCCACAGGAGAACAAGGCCUGGAUCAAGAUGUUGAUGGGUUCUGUGGAAGCCACGCAGCCCCCGGUCCGGAAUGCAGUUCAGGCUCAGCAAACUGUCAGGGUGCUGGCCCCUCUGCAGAUGGAAUCAACUCCAGGCUGACACCAGCAGAGUCCUGCGUGGAGCUCGUGAGGAUGAACCUGUAUACUCACUGCGUCAAAGGGCUGGUGCUGUCCCUGCUGGCCGAGGAGCCGCUGCUGGGAGACAGCGCAGCCAUAGAGGAAGUGUACCACAGCAGCCUGGCGUCGCUGAAUGGGCUGGAAGUCCACCUAAAAGAGACGCUGCCCAGGGGUGAGACAGCCUCCACGAGCAGCACCUACAACUUCACACAUUACGACCGCAUUCAGAGCUUGCUGAUGGCAAACCUGCCGCAGGUGGCCACCCAGCAGGAUCGCCGCUUCCUCCAGGCCGUCAGCCUGAUGCAUAGCGAGUUUGCCCAGCUGCCUGCACUUUAUGAAAUGACCGUCAGAAACGCCUCCACGGCCGUGUACGCCUGUUGCAACCCCAUCCAGGAGACGUAUUUCCAGCAGCUGGCACCUGCAGCACGGAGCUCUGGCUUCCCAAACCCUCAGGAUGGCGCCUUCAACCUCUCUGGCAAAGCCAAGCAGAAGUUGCUGAAGCACGGGGUGAACUUGCUCUGAGCUGCGCCCAGGAGGUGACUGGGAAGGAGAAAACCAGCAAAGGAAGUUCUGCCUUUUAUAAUCGAAAAGGCCCCUCUAUUUUAUUUUUCUUGAAAACAUUCCCUUUUUUAGGAACAUAAUGAUAUUUGAGUUUUUGUUACUCCUUCUGCAGAUUGGGAUGUGUUUGCGGGCAGGGGUUCUUUAGGUCAGGAGAGCUAGAGCGCUUGAUAAGGAACUGUAUUUCAUCGGUGGUGUUGGGGCCGGGAUGGGCUUGGCUCCCUCUCUGCCACACUGAGCCUGAGGUAUUGCGUAUCUCCUGCUACUGUUCCGUCCCAGCUUGAACUGGUGCCCUAAGAUUCCAGGUUGGCAUUUUUUCUAGAACCUGAUCGUCCACUAGCCCAGAGUGUGUGUUCAACCCCGACACCAGGUGGGUGGUAGGCGGUGUGACUGCACAGUGAGGAGCCGGAUCUGUGAGCAGGCAGACUCCAUGCCCACGUCGCAGGUAGCUUUCUCCAGUGCGGUCCUGCUGGGAGGUCCAGAUCAUUCCUGCAGGGAAGCAACAGCACACGGAGACCGCCUGGUUGAUUCUGUUAGAACUCUACUCAAAUCUAGGGGUGUCUUCUUUGGACCCACAAUGGGGGCAAGCCUUAAUAAUACGGAAGGGAGUUUGGGCUUUUGAGACCCCUUUAUAAAAGCCCUGGGGGCUGAGCCCUGAGAAUUCAGUGACAGCAGGACCAACCUGCGCUGCCUUUGACUACAAGUGGGCUGUGCGGCUGGUUCCUCUUGAGCGAGUGUCCCUAAAUAGGAGUUUACAAGAUGUCUGGGGGUAAAAGCAACUGUGCUUUUCAGUGGUGGCUCUGUGAAAGGGAAUGACAAUCAUUUGUGUGUUCCUGGACUUGUGUGGUACAGUCAGGCAUUUUUUUGACAGUAUGAGACAGAUUGCAGGAUGAAAAUACUUGUCAAAAUCUUAACUGAAUGUUUACUGGA